AUGAAUUAGGAGGCAGAUAUUCCGAUCGAUAUCGCCGCCGGUAAGCUGCUGGACUGGUUGAUUUCGCGACGAAUUGUUGAUAAAAACUGGCACCUUAAUAUACGCAACAUUCGAAACAAAAUCAGCAAUGCUAUCACGGACAUGCCAGCUCACGAUGAGCUGCUCCAGCUACUCUCCGGUGCACAUAUCAACUAUUUCCACUGCCUGCGCAUUGUGGACAUCCUGAAAACUACCGAAGCGGAUUCGAAAAACGUAUUCGGCCGGUACGGUAGCCAACGGAUGAAGGAUUGGCAGGAAAUUGUUAAGAUGUACGAAAAGGACAACAUUUACCUUGCGGAAGCCGCUCAAAUACUGGUGCGCAACAUUAGCUACGAAAUUCCCGGCAUUCGUAAGCAGAUCAAACACCUGGAGCAGCUAAGCGACGAGGCAGAAAAGAAGGUUGAAGAUUUAGAACGCUCCGAGAAGGUGGUUCUUAUGGAGUAUCAAAACAUGUGCAAACAUUUGGGCGUUUCCGGUGAAAACCUGCGCCAGGAGUUGGUGGACAAAGUGUUUAACGAUUUGCCAGGGAUGCUCACGAAGGUUGCCAGUUCGGUGACCCCACUGAAGAAAACGGUAGAACUGUAUGCCACAUUUAUGUCGGAUGUCGAAUGUUUACCCCUGCUAAAGCACGUGCUAGCAAAGGGCAACACUACGGUGUACGAAUAUGUAUAUGGUGAGUCACCGCUGGCAAUUGAGGAACCACCGGUAAAGUUCGUUACAGAGCAGGCAGAUGCGGCAGAUGAUGGAACGAUUGAUUUCGGUGACGAUGGUGGAGCGAUCGAUUUCGGUGACGGUAGCGCGAUAGAUCUAGACGCACCUGUUGAGCUGGAAGUCGGUGACAUCGAUUGGGGUGCUGGAGUGGAUGUAAUCGAACCGGCAGCCGAUGAUAAUGCAAUCGAUUUUAAUAUUUCUCUCGAAGAGAGUGGCAUCGUGGUGGAAGAGGAUGGAAAUCUAGGUGGAACUGCUAAAGGAGAAGAAGCAUAUACCGUACUCGACGCACAACAGUACCGUGAUCGCUUCAUUAACGAUCUGCUGGAGUUGCAGGCGUUCCUGAAGAUGCGACUCCAUCAGCUCGGAAGUGCAGAUAAAGCACAAAUGCUGUCGUUUACGAUGAUGGACAACUUUGCCGCCCAUGACGAAAAGUCUGUUGCGGGCAUGUUAGCUGAGGUGGAAGUCGUUUACACCGGUGUGACGGAUGAGUUAAUGCAACAUCUACUUCAGAUUAAACAUUCCUCAGUGUACGUGGACAUACUGACAUCCAACGUGAAGCAAAAGCUAUCAUCCAUCGAGAAGAUGAAGGAGACGGCAAAGAUGAAAAAGGAAAAAUCGGUCAGCUUUAGGCAGCAAAGCGUCGAGCUAAAGCCAACGCAAACGAAAAUUAUUGAACAAACAAAAACGCUGCAGGGACAGAUUGAAAAGGACAUUUCGAAACGAUACAAAAACCGUCCCGUCAAUCUUUACGGCACCAAUCUGUAA